AUGACAGCGGUGAACCUCCUUAAGCUUCUGGGAGAUUUAAAAAAUGAAGAUUUUGAGAAUUUCAAGUGGUACCUGAAGUACGAAGAGGUGGACGACAUCCCACCCAUCCAAGAGAGCCGGCUGGAGAUGGCAGAGAUGCGUGAUGUUGUAGAUCUGAUUGUUCAGAAAUAUGAAUUUUCUGGAGCUGUGGAGGUGAUGAAGAUCAUAUUAAAGAAGGUCAACAGGAAUGAUCUAGUGAAGGAAUUGUCAAUCAUCACCUCAGGAGCAGAAGGACCAGUAGAUGCAUCUUCAGGCCCAGCAGCCCCUCUGUCCCUCAGUAAUGAUGAACCAAUCCCACCCACUGAAGGAGCAGCGGAUGCAUCUUCAGGCCCAGCAGCCCCUCUGUCCCCGCCAAAUGAAGCAGCCCCACCAACUGAAGAAGGAGGUUUAUGUAAGGUCACUGUGAGGAGGAGAUGUCAAAAUGUGACUGAAACAAGUGAGGAACCAGGAGGUGAAACCCACUUCAACGAUAUCUACACUGAUGUCUACAUCGCAGAGGGAAGGAGUAACAAGGUUAAUACUCAACAUGAAGUGUGGCAGCUUGAGACAGCUUCCAAGAUGAAGACCCUCAAUGACAUUCCAAUCAAGUGCCAUGACAUCUUUAAAGCCUUACCCAACCAAAGGAAAUACAUCAGAGUCGUUCUGAUGAAUGGUGUCGCUGGUGUUGGAAAAACCUUCACAGUGAAGAAGUUCGCUCUGGACUGGGCAGAGUCCUUGAAAAACCAAGAUAUCAGUCUGCUGAUUCUGCUUCCGUUCAGGGAGCUGAACCUGAUCAAAAAGAAGAAGUACAGUCUGAUCAUGCUGAUCCAUUUCUUCUAUCCAACAUUACAGAUGCUUACAGCAGAGAAGCUCGCUGUCUGUAAAGUUUUGUUCAUCUUUGAUGGCCUGGAUGAAAGCAGACUUUCACUUGAUUUCAUCAACAGGAAGGUUGUGACUGAUGUCACACAGAAAUCGUCAAUCAACGUGCUAUUGACAAAUCUUAUCGAGGGAAAUCUGCUUCCCAUGGCUCUCGUCUGGAUAACUUCCCGACCAGCAGCAGCCAAUCUGAUCCCUCCUUCAUGUGUUGAUAGGGCAACAGAAGUACGAGGCUUCACUGACACCCAGAAGGAGGUGUACUUCGGGAAGAGAUUCAGAGAUGAAGAGCAAUCCAACAGAAUCAUCUCACACAUAAAGACAUCCAGGAGCCUCCACAUCAUGUGUCACAUCCCAGUCUUCUGCUGGAUCACUGCUACAGUUCUGGAGGACAUGUUGACUACAGACCAGAGAGGAGAGCUUCCCAAGACCCUUACUAAAAUGUACUCGCACUUUCUGCUGAUUCAGACAAAGAGGAAGAAGCACAAGUAUGAUGGGAGACAUAAGACCAGUCCACAGGAGCUGACGAAGGCUGACAGGAAACUUCUUCUGAAGCUGGGGAGGCUGGCGUUUGAACAACUGAUGAAAGGAAACAUCAUGUUCUACAAAGAAGACCUGAAGCAGUGUGGUCUUGAUGUCACAGAGGCCUUUGUGUUAUCAGGAUUUUGUACACAGAUCUUCAAAACAGAGGAACUCCAGAAGAAAACAGUCUACAGCUUUGUUCAUCUGAGUGUUCAGGAGUUUCUGGCUGCAGUCUACAUGUACCACUGUUACAUCAGAAAGAACACAAAGGUACUGGAGGACUUCCUGGUAGAAAACUACAAACAUAGUAAAAAAUCUUUCGUUGGGAAGAUUACUGCUUGUUUAGGAACAAGUGGUAGGCAUUAUCCAUCUCUGGAUGUCUUUCUGAGGAGAGCCAUGGGGAAAUCUCUCGGAAGUGAAAAUGGCCACCUGGACCUGUUUGUUCGCUUUCUUCAUGGCCUCUCUCUGGAGUCCAACCACAAUGUCUUAGAAGGCCUGCUGGGUCGGCCAGAGAACAGUCCAGAAAUCAUCCAGAGAGUCAUCAACAACCUGAAGGAGAUGAACACUGAGUAUUUCUCUCCUGACAGAAGCAUCAACAUCUUCCACUGCCUGAUGGAGAUGAACAAUCACUCGGUACAUCAGGAGAUCCAAGAGUUCUUGGAGUCAGAGAACAGAUCAAAGACGGAACUCUCUGUGAUCCACUGCUCAGCUCUGGCCUACAUGCUGCAGAUGUCAGAGGAGGUUCUGGAUGAGUUGGACUUGAAGAAGUACAAUACAUCUUAUGAGGGACAACAGAGACUGAUCCCAGCUAUGAGGAACUGUAGAAAGGCUCGACUUACUCACUGUGGACUCUCAGAUACUGAGUGUGAAGUUGUGGCCUCAGCUCUGAAGGACAACCCUUCCCAUCUGAGAGAGCUGGACCUGAGCUACAACACCCUGUCUGAUUCAGACAUUAAGCUUCUGUGUGCUGGACUGGAAAGUCUAAACUGUAGACUGGAGACUCUGAGAUUGUGUGGCUGCAGUUUGUCAGCGAUCGGCUGUGCUUCUCUAGCCUCAGCUCUGAAGGGUAACCCCUCCCAUCUGAGAGAGCUGGAUCUGAGCUACAACAACUUGCAGAGCUCAGAUGUAAAGCUGCUGCGUGAUCUUAAGGAGAGUCCAGCCUGUAAACUGGAGGUUCUGAGGUUGGAGGACUGCAGUUUGCCAGGGAGCAGCUGUCCUUCUCUGGUCUCAGCUCUGGAGUCAAACACUUCCAAUCUGAGACUGCUGAGUCUGAGAGAAAACAAGCUGCAGGAUUCAGAUGUGGAGCUGCUGUGCACGUUUCUUAAGAGUUCAGACUGUAGAUUGGAGGCUCUGGGAUUGGGGGGCUGCGGUAUGUCAGAGAUCAGCUGUACUUCUCUGGUCUCAGCCCUGAAGUCUAACCCCUCCCAUCUGAGAGUGCUGAAUCUGAGUGAAAACAAGCUGCAGGAGUCAGACGUGGAGCUGCUGCGUGAUUUUCUGAAGAGUCCAGACUGUCGACUGAAGACUCUGCUAUUGAAUGGCUGCAAUCUGACAGAGAUUAGCUGUGCCUCUCUGGUCUCAGCUCUGAAGGACAACCCCUCCCAUCUGGUAGCGCUGUUUCUGAAUAACAACAAGCUGCAAGAUACAGGAGUGGAGCUGCUUUGUGAUUUUCUGAAGGAUCCACAAUGUAAACUGGAGGUUCUGAGGCUGGAGGACUGCAGUUUGUCAAAGAUCAGCUGUGAUCAUCUGGCUGCAGCUCUGAAGGCCAACCCCUCCCAUCUGAAAGGUCUGUUUCUGGAUAAAAACAACCUGAAGGAUUCAGACAUGAAGCAGCUUCCUGAUUUUAAGAAGAGGUCAGUAGAGAGUUGGAGUCAGUCUGUGCUUGUUUCAGCAGCUUUGCAUUAA